GAACGCAUCCAGACUCGGGCACAGACCAGAGAGGCUCCUCGGGCCAGCGUGCGGGACAACAACCGGAGUCAUGGACUUUAACGGCGGCAGCUCAUCCCGCACAGCGAGCUCCUGAGGCGCUUACGAGGCUUCUUCGGGGCCGUGUCGUUGGUCUGCGGGACGCCUCGGAGCCGGACGCCCGGAUGGACGUCAAUGGGCUGGAGUGAAAGCUCCGCUUCUCCUGGCGGACUUGAGGAGGGAGAGAGAGGACACCUCUGCAUGUUGGAGCCUCCUGCUCCAGCCAGAGGGGCAUCGGUGCGCGCGUGUUGGAUGUGUGCGGCAGCGUGUGCUGGGUGCGUGUGUGUGUGUGCGCGCCCUCAGAGAAGCGGCGGUGUCCGGGAGGCAAGUUUUAGCGCCGUGAUUUCCUCCUCUUCUCGCUGCGUGCGGUUCUUCAUGUCACGGCGGCGGAGCGGCGGAGUCACGUUUCCCCGAUGGUCAUCACUCACCCGUGGAGCGGCUCCGUGAUCGCGACCACGACGAUGAUGCUGUCCGGUAAGAGCGUGGAGUGGCUGCAGGAGGAGCUGGAGUCCGGGGCCGGCGCGCUGCUGCUGCUGGACUGCAGAGCCCACGAGCUGUACGAGUCCUCGCACAUCGAGUCCGCCAUCAACCUGGCCAUCCCGGGCCUCAUGCUCCGCAGGCUGAAGAAGGGCAACCUGCCCAUCCGCUCCAUCAUCCCCAACAACGAGGACAAGGAGAAAUUCGUCAAGCGCUGCAAGUCGGACGUGGUGGUGCUGUACGACGAGGCGACCUCCGAGCGGCAGGAGUCCGGGCUGGGGAGCUCCGUGCUGGGGCUGCUGCUGCACAAGCUGCGGGACGACGGGUGCAAGGCUUUCUACCUGGAGGGGGGCUUCAACAAGUUCCAGUCCGAGUACCCCGAGCACUGUGAGACCAACCUGGACUGCUCCUGUCCCAGCAGCUCCCCGCCGACCUCCGUCCUGGGUCUGGGGGGACUUCGCAUCAGCUCCGACUGCUCCGACGGGGAAUCGGACCGUGAGCCGGGCAGCGCCACGGAGUCGGAGGGCAGCCCCCUCCCCAACAACCAGCCGGCAUUCCCCGUCCAGAUCCUGCCCUACCUUUUCCUGGGCUGUGCCAAAGACUCCACCAACCUGGAUGUGCUCAGCAAGUACAAUAUCAAGUACAUCCUCAACGUGACGCCCAACCUGCCCAACAUGUUCGAGCACGAAGGCGACUUCAAGUACAAACAGAUCCCCAUCUCCGAUCACUGGAGCCAGAACCUCUCGCAGUUUUUCCCAGAGGCCAUUUCAUUCAUAGACGAGGCACGUUCGAAAAAGUGUGGCAUCCUGGUCCACUGCCUGGCCGGGAUCAGCCGCUCGGUGACCGUCACGGUGGCCUACCUGAUGCAGAAGCUCAACCUGUCGCUCAACGACGCCUACGACUUCGUCAAGCGGAAAAAGUCGAACAUUUCCCCCAACUUCAACUUCAUGGGCCAGCUCCUGGACUUUGAGCGGACGCUGGGCCUCAACAGCCCCUGCGACAACCACUCGACCUCCCCGCCGCACGACCAGCUCUUCUUCACCACCCCGACCAAUCACAAUGUGUUUCAACUGGACACGCUGGAGUCCACAUGAAAAUCAGAGGAGAGGGGGCGGGUCAAGCUGGUGUUGUUACCAUGGUAACAAGUGGCUGCACUUGAGCCUGCUUUACGCAGCCAGUUUUAAUGAAUGUUUUAGCCGCCUGAAGCUCGUUGUCCGAGAGCCUGGCCACAGAGCAACGUUGGACGGACAGCGGAGGUCACAGAUGCCACGUUAACAGGGGGAAGGCGAGUGAUUUAAAAAAAGAAACCUAGAGCGAGGAACUGACAGACAGAGGCGUCCUCCUCAGAGUUGACUGAAUCUUGAGGAUGAGCUCAGAGAGGAGGAGACUGAACUGACUGAGUAACUGAGCGAAGGGUGACAGCUUCAUACAAAAGGCGGGAACACGGGAACGUCUGCGGCGCUCGAUUUGUGAUGCGACGGCGUCCUCUGGUCCUGUCGUUGUUUCUGUCUCGGCCCCUGAGCUGAGCUGACUGGUGCCAAGUGGAGAAUCUGGGAUUUACUCGUCGGAAAUCUCGCUCUACUGAAUGUAGAGUUUUUAAAAACCAAGGAAUUAACACACACACAUGCGCACACACACAUAAACAAAAGUAUGUAUGUUUGUACUGUAUGUACUGUAUGUAUGUUAACGUACAUAGCAGAAAUUGUAUGGGCAGUCCUUAACAAGUAUGUCUAUAUGCAUUUUUGUAUAUUUUUGUGUACAUUUAUGCACAAAUCUAUACGAUAUAUAAAUAUUUACACAGAAAUUUUAUCUUUGUCCAAAAAAAACAAAGUAAUCCAAUCCAAUAAUGGCUAAAGAGAUUGUAAAACUAAAGGAGAGUGGGUGUGGCGACGCCAUCAAAGGAACAUUGUUGUGAGUUGUCUUCUUUUUCUUUUAGUUUAGUUUUUCUUUUAGGUUUGUAAUGACCUAAUGCAGUUUGCACAGUGGUGUAGCCAUUGACUUGUUGGCACUUGGAGCCGGUGCUGGAAGCAGGCAGAUAAAGAGACAUUCAGAGGGGAGGAGGGGAGAGAGGAGAGGAGAGGGCCAGUCCCAGGCUGCGACGAGUCCAGACAGCUGCACCGUGCAGUGGGGAGGGAGCAGGAGCUGGGCCCAGGGCAAAGGACCAGGGUUCAGGGUUCAGGGAUGAGUUAGAGUCAAACUGUGGGUUAGACCAGACACGGAGUUGCCAGUUGAAUUGUGGUCGGGUGUGCGACCAGAUUUGAUGUUGGCAAGUGUUUUCAAGUGCAACUUCCCAGUUCCUACUUCCUUCCCCAACAUGACUGUUCAUCCAGUGGCCUAAGUUGUUUCAUUUCAGUCUGAAACCAGACUCUUAACUUCCUUGGUUAUUUCAUCACAACGUAUUGUCUUACUGUGUUUUUGCCAAACUGGUUUUCUAACCGCCGGGACUCUCGUACUUUGAGGCUGGGGCGUGGGCGAGAGCUUAAAGUUGGGGUUGGAGAAUCUUGGGUAGUGUUAACAUUUCUGGGCAGCUUAUUCCAGCGACGUCGGGCAAAGAAGUGCCUCAACUCUCAUGUAUUACCUACACUGCAAACUUCUUCUUGCCCAAGAGGAGCUGGUUUGAUUUGUUGGUCUAUCUUCGGUUCCUUUCAGGUACCAAAUAGAUGCCAAAAAAAAGGGUCUCAUGGACAAGGGACUGUGAUUGUAACUUGGUUUCUGUGUCAGGGUUGUGGUGUUGUGGACGGGGACUCAGCUACAGACUGCACUUAACCUACUUAAUAGCUUCACGUCCCUUAGCUGCAAUGGAGAAAAUGGAAAGGAAGGUCUUUCUGGCGGGGGAACACCUAUUUCAUCAAAGAAUCAGUUGAAUUACCCUUAAGCCUCGGGUAUAUUCAAUGAAAUAAACACAAAAAUGAUAAAUAGGAUGAUAGAGGUUGGAUGUUGAUUUACCGGGUUGGGAGAUGAACGCUGAGGACUGUUUUUUUAACUGCUGUCGCUGCUGAACAUGGCGGCGACAGCAUGUGGUCAGGGAGUUUUCUCAGACCCGGUCCACGUUAGUAGCACUUAAACUUGUUAAAUAUGAUUUGAAAAACAAAUGACAGAAUCCUGCAGUGAUUUCAAGAAAAAAUAUCAAAAAAAAGUUCAAAUUUCCUUCUGCUGCGUUAAUUGUGUUGGUAAUGUAGGUUAGGGUUAGGGUUGUUUUAGGGUUGCAGCACAUGGACUUAGGGCAACGUCUGGAGAUACACUCGGGCUCAUGCAAGAACAUUUUCAUUUUCUUAUCCAAAUUUCUUUCCACAAAGUCGGAUUUAGAAACUAUUAACAAAGCGGUACAUUUUCGGAAAUUGUGGCCAUUACCUUAAUGGGCACCUAAAAAUAACCACGUAAAGCGACCUGUCUCGCUCCAUUUGUAAAAAAGUUUAAUUCAGAAGUAUGUCAUUGCGAUUUAAAAAAGCAGAAGUUCAUACUGAGGACCAUAUCAGAAAUCUGGAGACCAAAACACAUCAGUCAGUCGUGCUUAGGGACCCAAAAAUACAGACAAGUAGGUUAUGACUGUGUUUAUUCUACACUGUCAUCGUAGAUAUGAGUUUGAUGCCAAAAAAUAUCUUGCUGCAGCAAAGUGGUUGCUGAUAUUUAAAAGUGAGACAGGGAAUACCACCAGGCGACAGGUGAUGUUCUGUUCCAGAUGGAACAUCAGAUGUUUGGCUCUGUGAACAGCAGAAAGAUGCUGAGGCAGCUGAGUGUGAACUCCCAUGCCAGUCAAAACUUGAACUCAAGCAUUUACGUAAGUCUGGAACACAUUCAAACCUUCAAUUCAUAAAGAUUCAUACGUCAAACAUGUUUCUCUUCGCCUGGGGGAGAAAAGCAGACUGUUGGUGACUCACACGACAGGUCCAGACUACUCAUGAGUUUAGUUUGUAUUGAAGAGGAAACAAGAGGUGAAUGUAACAAGUUAGAGACGUCGUGAGCAAAUCCAGAAAACCUUAGUGGAAUAGGUGCUGGAUUGAAGCACUAAAAUUGCAGAAUUCCAGCUUCUUUUAAUUUUAUUAGUGAUGUUUCCAUCUACAGGUCUUCCUCAGGCCUAAAUCCAACUUAGUUCUCAUAAAUUACUCACGUGAUAAUAACGGACCUGUUUGUGAGAGUGGUUUUUGCAUGAGGCCCAGUGUCUUACAGCAAUCUACAGAGCGUUAGUUUGAAAGUGAAAAUGUGGACGGGGUCAAAGCAGAAACAAAGAACUGGGUUUCCGAGGGGACAGCAGCAGAACAGGGUUGGUUUCAGCUGGCCUUAUAUAAUCUUUCUAACUUGUUUCUAAUGCUGACUGUUCAAUACUCUUUGUAUCUCACUUUAGAAAAAAGCAUUGUGUAAAAAAAUAAAAAUAAAUGUUUGUUAACUGUUAUUUGAAUCAGAACAUGGUAAUAACGGACAGCCAGCUGUCGUUUUACCGUAACGGGUCACACGAGGUCGUGUUUGUUACUCUGCAAUAUAUCAAAACACCUUUUUUGCAGUAUUUUGUAGACUCAAGACCUCAAAAUUUUUUCAAUUCUUCUUCUUUUAUACUCUAUAUAUCUCUUCUAUAUGAUUAUACAACAUCCAGUUCGAUUAUGGCUUGUGGACUGAAGUAACAUUUCUCCUGGGGUGUCCAAAAAUGUAGGGCCGCUGUGCCCAGUAUUAACCUGAAAGAGGCCCUCUUUGACACACACACACAGACACAGACACACACAGACACACACACAGACACACACUGCUUCACACAGCCAGAGCUGUGGUUCAGCAUGCCAGUUAUAUUUCACAAUAGAAGAUUACACCACCUGGCUUAAAUAAUUACAAGGUCUUUUUCCGUCUUGUUUUGAUAUAAUGUGCUCUAUGCUAUUCCUGUGGCCUUUCUAUAUGAAUAUAUAUAUAAGUAUAUAUAUGUUAUGAAUUUAUAUGCAAAAGUUCCUCUCUCAUUAUAGCAUCAGAGAUGAAAAUAAUACUACCAUGCUUGAAUGGACUUCCCUCGUCCGGAGUCAUAUCCCACUUACAAUAAGAAAAAAAACGCUGAGGACUUGAUCACUUGCACCCUAGGAUUGAAAUAUAUUUCAGUACGGAGCUUUUCUAUUUAAAAAAAGGAAAUGGUUGAUUUCAAGCUGCUUUCUUGAGUUUUUGUGUCUUUGUAACAAUGAAAGAGAAAUCAAGUCUUUUUCUCUGUUUGUAAAUUUGCCAGAUCGCGGGAACGGCAGUUUCUGUGUCCUUAAACUUGUAGCUACAUCUCGGUAAGAAUGUGCUCGGGAGGUAAAGACAUGAGCGAGCGGGAGCAGCGGGAGCGGCGGCCUAAAAACACAAAGUGAAAGAAAAAGUGAAUGAUUUAAAAAUGUUACCUCAGUGAGGAAUUUUUCAGGGAUUUUUUUGACAAUGCAUCUUGCAUCGUGUUACAGCUUCAGACACAUGUUGAAUAGCUGUUUCGUAUUGUGCUGUAAACAGUUUUUAAAAGAAGAUGCAAUCUGUCUGUGUAUAAAAACAAGGGUGCGUGUGAACCGAGGCAGCUUCACCUUUCUGUCCUCUGAAGGAAAUACGACUGACCCUAUGUAUUGUACAGUGUAUGGAAACAACAUGAGACAUGUUUAUACCGCAAAUAAAUAUUGAAAUAUUUUUUUCUUUAA